CCUCUCUCACACUCCGGAUCAUCUCAUAACUUUUGAAAGGUGGCAAAACGGCGCUGACUUCUCCUCCGGUUUUUGUGGGCCUCAGAGGUGGCAAGGACGCGCACCGCACGGGGACCAAUGGAGAAAUCCAAAAACUUUCGCAUUGACGCGCUUUUAGCAGUCGACACACCCAAGGCGCAGACUUCACCGCUGGCUCUGGUGACUUCCCUGUCCUCCUCUUCCUCCUCCUCCGCCUCCUCUUCCUCCUCCAUCCCGUCCACGGGCAACGGAGGAGCUCCGGAGCUGAGCGCCUGCAGCGCCGAGUCUUUACGCGCCGAGACGCCGUCCCCGCCGAGGAUCUCCGCGUGCGGCUUGAUCCCCAAACCGGGUUUCUUGAGCAGCCCGCACGGCAUGGUGGGACUGCACCCGCAGAGCACUGCCGGGAUCCCCGCGCAGGCUCUCUACGGCCACCCCAUGUACACCUACUCGGCCGCUGCGCUCACGGGCCAGCAUCCUGCCCUGUCCUACUCCUACCCGCACGGCUCGCAUCACCCCCACACUGACCCCAUUAAACUGACGGCCAGCCCCUUCCAGCUGGACCACUGGCUGAGAGUUUCCACAGCCGGGAUGAUGCUUCCAAAAAUGUCCGACUUUAACUCCCAGGCGCAGUCAAACUUGCUUGGAAAGUGCAGAAGACCCAGAACUGCGUUCACAAGUCAGCAGCUGCUGGAACUGGAGCAUCAGUUCAAACUCAACAAGUACCUGUCCAGACCCAAGCGCUUUGAGGUGGCCACGUCUCUCAUGCUGACAGAAACCCAGGUUAAAAUCUGGUUCCAGAACAGACGCAUGAAAUGGAAGAGGAGCAAGAAGGCCAAAGAGCAGGCCGCCCAGGAGGCCGAGAAGCAGAAAGGCACCAAGAGCGGCCAGGAAAAAGCCGACGGACUCGAACAGUCGGAUUAUCACAGCAAAACGGACUCAAAAAACGGCAGAAUCCGAGAUUUCAGGGACAGCGACGAGGAGGAGGAGGGCGACAGCUUCCUCUACAACUCCUCGGAGUGCUCCUCGGACGACGAGCGGCAUCACAACAGCGACAUCAGCCCGCAACCCUGAAGCAAAAACACGGGGCGAAGAUCCAGGACAGAGGAAGAGGAGGGUGGGGGAGGUUCGCUGUCAAAUACAGCUGCAUGUAAAGCGAGAUUUUUGUUAUGGGGCGGGGGGAAAAAAACCGUUCAAAAUAGACUCUGUUGUCAAACAAUAAAGCAAGAGAUUGCAGUUUUCUUACCCAGCAGGAGCAGGCUGCAUGGAGCUGGAAAGGAUCAGGAUUAAUAAAGUCUCAGCAGCAGUCGUUCUGUUUAAAUUAACAGCAGUGCGUCAAAUAACGCGUAACAUUUUUAUUUCCAUUCUGUAUUUCUUAAUCGCUCCUACCAAUGCAUGGAAAAAUAUGAUUUCUUGCCGCAAAGAAAGUGUAAUAAAACAUUUUUCAAAAAAAGAAAAAUACAUGCUUUAGAUUCAGAUAUUGGCGCAUUUCUUUCUGUUUUAAAGGAAUAUUGUUCCCGGAUUGAUGAUUUACUGGCGGUGUUGGAGCCGUGUGUUUCUUCUCCUCGCUCUGACAGCUCGGGUCAUGGGAAUUACUGUUAAAUGCGCUGUCGGAUCUGUGCAAACGUGCAGUGAGAGCAAACAGCGAGCGUCAGGCAGACAGAGGAAACAUUUCACACCACAGCAGCAACAGGCUCCUCUUAGUCACAAGUUUUAAAAAAGGAGCAACACUUUGGUUUCUGCAGGGCACUUUCAAAAUGUCAUGAGAAAAAUAAACUAUAUUACAAU